GUGGGACCUCAGGGCAAGUCCUUCCACCCAGAGGAAGAGGGCUGUCUUUACAGUCGAACUGUCCCUCCCAUGGUCCGGCCCAUUCCGGGGGGCACCUCAGCAGGAGUGCUGCGGGGACCCGGGAGGAGUCAUGGUUAAAGGGAGAAAACAGCUUGGUGUGCAGCUGGAAACCAGCUUGGGGUUGAAAGCUAAGCAUGGGGAAGAGCUGCAAGGUGGUCGUGUGUGGCCAGGCAUCUGUGGGCAAAACUUCAAUUCUUGAGCAGCUUCUGUACGGGAGCCACGUUGUGGGUUCUGAGAUGAUCGAGACCCAGGAGGACAUCUAUGUAGGCUCCAUCGAGACAGACCGAGGGGUGCGGGAGCAGGUGCGUUUCUAUGAUACACGGGGUCUCCGGGAUGGGGCCGAGCUGCCCAAGCACUGCUUCUCCUGCACUGAUGGCUACGUCCUGGUCUACAGCACAGACAGCCGAGAGUCGUUCCAGCGCGUCGAGCUGCUCAAGAAGGAGAUCGAUAAGUCCAAGGACAAGAAGGAGGUCACCAUCGUGGUCCUAGGCAACAAGUGUGACCUGCAGGAGCAGCGUCGCGUAGACCCGGAUGUGGCCCAGCAUUGGGCCAAGUCUGAGAAGGUGAAGCUAUGGGAGGUGUCAGUGGCUGACCGCCGCUCCCUCCUGGAGCCUUUCAUCUACCUGGCCAGCAAGAUGACCCAGCCCCAGAGCAAGUCUGCCUUCCCCCUCAGCCGCAAGAACAAGGGCAGUGGCUCCUUGGAUGGCUGAAGAGCUGCCCUUCUUGCUUCACCAGCUUCACCAUUCCAACCCCAUUCCAGGAUGGGUGGAGAGCACAGGGUGCAUAAGCAAGCUAUUCUUCUCAGUCAGUAGGAGAGCGGCCCUCUAGGCCAGGAAGCUGGGCUGGCCCAGUCCAAUGCCACUUUUGUCCUCUCUUAACUCCAAGAAGUGCAAGUGAACUUGAUUGCUGGCCCUCUCCAUGACCUUCCAUAGUAAUCCCCACACCACCCCCAGCUGAUCAUAUUUUCUCCACUGUCACUUGAACAUGUAUGGUUUAGUGUCCCUUCCAUCUGCCAGGCGCAGGAAGCAGGGCUGUCAUGCCAAAGUGCCCAGUCUAGGAUCUGGCUCCUGUCAGGGAUCCCAGCUCUCUGAACUUCCUGCCAGUAACACACACACAGUGCCAGCCUUGAAAAAAGAGUGACUAGGUACUGUAAGCGUACAUUUAUGUGUGCUGGCUUAGAGUUGGUUCCUCAUCUUUCCCCUGGCCUGUCCAAGGCUGGGCUAAGCCAGGUUCCUGGGAGUGGCCUUUUCUGUUUGACCUCUACGUCUCCCAGUUGUUUCACUUCCUCUUCCUGUUCCAGGAGCAGAGGUCUUAUUGGCUGAGGUAGAGUGGAGUGAUGACUGGGCUGUCACUUGCCUUGUGACUUAGCAAGGCUAUUGUCCUCUGAGCAUCAGUCUUCUCAUCUGGGAGUUGACAGGAGCUUGGAUGUCACCUAGAGCCACAGGUAGCGCUGUGACUUUUCUAAAGCUGGUAGCUUGGGCCUCCUAUGUGUCUCUGCUGCUGCUCCACCCUCUUCAAGGUGCUACACCCACCAGCCCUGGAGGCUGGACAGCCUCUCAUAACCACCAGGGGACAGGAGUGCACUCUGCUCAGUGCUGCAAGGGGCAGCCUGUGGAUCCGCCCACAGGGCUAGUGUCCAUCCCUCCUGGUUGUUUUUGGCUAGUAGCUGGACUUAUAUUUAUACUCUCUCUGUAUUUAUAUGCCUGCUGCCCUGGUGAAGGUGGGAUAAGCCACACCUCUAGCCCUUCUUACCUCAGAUGCCUGAACAGAACCAGGCAAACCAGUAGCAGCUUCCUAGGAGCUGACAGGCCUUUCGUCAGAGGCUUGUGCUAUCAAGUGAGCUUAUAACCCACAGCUUCCGGUGCCCACUCUGUCUUCUGAUGUGCACAUCUCACAUGAGUUAAACACUACAGCCAGACCACCUCCAGUACCCUCUCCUGGUGCCCAGGGGAGUCAGGACACCUACAGGCUCAGGCUUGAAGUUCAUUUAUUGGUGUAUUGGACACAAUAAAACCACAACUGCUGUUAUCAAAAAG